CCGCUGUGUGUUAAUUUUACAAGCUUGAUGUCGCUAUUUUGUACACAAGUAAAUGGCCACGGUGAGCUUCGGGUCAAACGGCUUUCAUUAAACGUUUUGUUUGUGACUCCGAGUACGAAAGUGCAAUAUAUACACACGGAAGAUAAAACUCGUCGCUGUUAGCUUGGCGCUUCCUUGAAACAAUCGUGAUUUAUCGAUCGGGGCUAUCUUUGCAUGGUUCGUGCUUAUUGAUACAUAGGGAAUUUGUUAUCGCAUCACAAGUCAAAAGUGCUAAGUCACUCAGUGAACUGAUUGUGUACAUGUAUGGUGUGAUUCUACCUAACACUUUCUCUGCACAAGACUCACGGAACAUCGAAAGACCGCGUGGGGUUGCGACGCCAUCCUUGUAGACAAUAAUGUCCCACAGCCUGGCUUAACAAAUUUCAGUUCAAUUCCCAUUACACCGUCAUCGCAAAAACCAAUCAAGAAAGAUGAAGAGCGUCGUAAUUACGCUAGCCAUAAUCGUUUGCUGUUACCUACAGACGAUGCGCUGUUCAGCAUCCGCGCCACCGUUCUUCCAGAGUGACGUGUCAAACGCAACCGUUGUGCUCGGCGAAUCAGAAGUCAAGCUUUCCUGUCGCGUGAUCGCUGACGUAAAUACGCAAUAUUGGUGGACAAAAGGCGGGAAACGGAUAACGAAACGAAAGAGAUAUCGAAUCAAGAAAUUCCGUUAUUUGAGGAUAAAAAAUGUGAAGAAUUCCGACGCCGGAGAGUACGUUUGUCGGGCGAAAAAUAAUGGUGGAGAAAUUCAGCAAACGAUUACUUUAAUUGUUGAAGAUCCAGCCGGAAAUUUAACUGAAGAUCGAAAACCGUUUUUCACGCAACCAAAGAAGAUGACGAAAAAGAUGAUAAUAAUCCCAGCUGGUAACAAAUUCAAAAUCACAUGUUCGGCUUCAGGCAGACCAUCGCCAACAGUCUCCUGGUACAAAAAUGGUAAACAGCUUAAACUAAUGCCCGAUGGUUCAACGGCGAUAAAAUCAAAUGAUUUUGUCUUAAACUUCGAUUCACUGCGACCAAAAGACGAUGGAGAAUACACGUGCUUCGUUUCAAACAAACUUGGAAAUGUUAGCGCGUCAUUUGACCUGACAGUCAAAGAAAUAAUACUCGCAAAACCAGUGUUGCAAAAAAUGAAAAAUAAAACUGCGUAUGAGGGAGACGAUGUGACACUCACUUGUAGUGCAUUCAGCGAUGCUUUGCCUCAUUUUCAAUGGAUAGUAAAGAAUCCAAAAAAGAACAAUUCGAUUGAAGUUUUAAACCCCGGACUUGAGCAAGACGACUACAUUUGUGAAGGAGAAAAAGAGCGAUGGCACUGCGUGAAAUUGCUACUCCGUAACGUGUCACGAAAGGAUGAAAGGCAGUAUUACUGUAUGGCAGGGGAUGAACGGGGAUGGAGCAAGGAGACGGUGUGGCUAAAAGUGUUGCCAAGACCAGUUACUACCGAGGCGACAUCGGUUAAAGUGCGUAACAAGAGACCAUAUUAUAACUCAGAGAAGACAUCAGGGAACUCGAUGACACAAGUCAUCGCCAUCACUGUUUCGGUGGUCGUUGUAGCAAUUGCAAUUGGCUCUGUGAUCGCGUAUCUAUGUAUUUUCAAACGAGGAAUGUUCAGGCAGAAAGCACGCGUCAUCGAAAGUUACGGCGCACCUCCGUAUCCUGAAAAACGUCGCGAUGUAUUGAGUUCUACGUCGUCGUCCAUGUCCAACUGUUCAACAAAUCCUUUGCUUGCACACCACGGAAUGAGAUACUUGAAGCGGCAGAACUCCGGUCUUUCUCAUGUCAGCGAGAUGGUGUUAUACUGUGACGCAGAGUGGGAAGUCGAUCGGGAAAACCUGAAACUUCUCGAAGUGAUCGGUGAAGGAGCUUUUGGCAAAGUUUUAAAAGCGGAAGCAUUUGGUUUGAAUCGACAAAACGCCGGAAAGAAUAUCGUUGCCGUGAAAACCUUAAAAGACGAUGCAACUGAGGCAGAAUUAUUGGAUCUUGUUUCUGAGAUGGAAGUGAUGAAGACGAUUGGGAGACAUAAAAAUAUCAUCAACGUCAUCGGAUGUUGCACGCAGAAUGGACCACUGCUUGUUGUGGUAGAGUACGCACCAUAUGGUAAUCUGAGAGAAUAUCUUCGUGAAAGAAGACCCAAUCGUAACGGUUUAACAAAUCCAAUCGAAGGAGAGGAGAAAUUAAUUUUGCGAGAUUUCGUUUCGUUCAGUUAUCAAAUAGCCCGAGGAAUGGAAUAUCUGUCGACUAAAAAGUGUAUUCAUCGAGAUCUUGCGGCGAGGAAUAUUCUAGUUGGUGAAGAUAAAGUUAUGAAAAUAGCAGACUUUGGCUUAGCAAGGGAUAUUCAUAAAGUUGACUACUACAGAAAGACCACAGAUGGUCGUCUGCCCGUGAAGUGGAUGGCGUUGGAAGCGUUAUUUGAUCGAGUGUACACCGCCCAAAGCGAUGUUUGGUCAUUUGGCGUAGUCGUCUGGGAAAUAUUAACUUUCGGUGGCACGCCAUACCCAAGUAUACCACUCGAAAAAUUAUUUGAACUUUUGCAAACGGGAUACCGAAUGGAACAGCCAGUAAAUUGUCCAGAAGAUCUAUAUGAUCUAUUAAGGCGGUGUUGGAACGAGGAGCCUUACAUUCGUCCCACAUUUACUGAUCUCGUACAAGAACUGGACGCUAUGUUAUCUAAGAUGACAAACGAGGAAUACGUCGAUAUGGGCCAACUCAUUUCUCCAAUGCAGCCCCACCCGGUCACCCACCAGAUCGCAUCUAGUCCAAGCGACAGUGAUUCGAGUGUAUUCGAAAACGAAGAUCAACAUCAAGAUGAAAAACAACCGUUGAAAACAGUAGACUGCAAUCUUCUUCCAAUCAUCCAGGAGGUGACGUGUUGAAAUAUUCGGACAAUCCCGUCAAAAUUGUGGACGUUUUCCUUAUCGUCGAGAGGAAUUUAAUGAGACGAGCAAGAUUUUGCAAAGAUGACAAGAAUUUCGUUGGAUGCAAAAUAAAUGAAAACUCUCUUGUUUUUCAAGUUGGUGCGCGGAACCUUAUUCAUCGAACAGGCAAGGUCAUUGCCAGAUACUCCUUGAAUUUGGAAAUAAUCCUUCAUCUUAUUACGGUUUGGAAAUGAAAAUAGACAGUGGACACAAUGGAACUUAUUGUCUUAGUAACAAUGUUCGAAAUCCCUAAAUCCUAAAGUUGACGGCAAUUGAAGGUUGCUAAGAUUUGGGUAAACGCAUUGCUAGUCAACUUUUUUACAUCUUGUACCGUUUUCUAUUCUAUUGUAAACGAAGAAGCAAUUUGGUGGCAAAAAGGCGCUUCUUCCAAUGGUAAACCUUGAUCACAAAAUGAAAUGAGUGGUUCACCGACAAGAAAUGAACGGUUAUGAAUCAAAUAAUUGAAGGAGAUUUAUUGGCUGAAAGAUAUAUGAACCUUUUUGGUCGUAAAAUUGGACAGUCUUUAUCGGCUACAAUGAAGAAGAGGUCAACACAUUUCUAACAGUUGGAUUUAAAGAAUCAUUCUACAAUGGUUCGUACAUGAAUAAGAAAAUGCUUGGUUUUAUCAAGCAGAUUACUUUAUGGAGAGCAUCUCUUGUGAAACAAUUAAGGUAUACAGAAUUACACGUAUACUCAAAAGUGUUAUACUUUCGUAGUAAAAAUAACCUAAAAACAGUCGUGUCAUGGGAAAACAAGUUGACGAAACAUCUGGUCCAAAUCCAAGUGAACUUUAUACCAGAAUUUCUGAAUGGCCUAGCUCACGACAGAAAAAGCUUUACAUAGUAAUAAUUUACAUCGUAAAUAGUAGUUAUAGUAUAGAUAGAUUAUAGUACCACUCGCAGGCUCUUUCUCAUGCCAAACACUGUAGAUAUUCGAAUAGUUAGUAUAGCAUAGUGAUUUUUGAACUGACUUUAGGAUUUUACAGAAUUAAAUACUACAUGCUUCUUAUAAUUUCUGGCUUUAACAUCGACUGACAAAAUUUUUUUUAGAAUGUUUCACACACGAGCCACAUCGGUGUGAAUUAAAUUGUGAAAUAUUUUAUUUUAGGUAGUUUUAUGAACUUCUUUGACAAAACUAAUAUUAGAGCUUAAUUCUGUUGUAAAUAUGUUACAAUUUAAUGGGGUUUUGAAUGUAAAAUAGAUUUUGAAGAAACUGUAUAUAUUUUUUUAAAGA